UGUCACCCGUUCCCUCCAUUUUGAAAGGGAAAAAAGGCUCUCCCCCUUCCCCUACUCGUAGGAGCUGGAGCCGGAGGAGCCGCGCUCAUGGCGUUCAGCCCUUGGCAGAUCCUGUCCCCAGUGCAGUGGGCGAAAUGGACCUGGUCCGCGGUGCGCGGCGGGGGCGCCGGAGAGGACGAGGCCGGAGGGCCCGAGGGCGAUCCCGAGGAGGAGGACUCGCAAGCCGAGACCAAAUCCUUGAGUUUCAGCUCGGAUUCAGAAGGUAAUUUUGAGACCCCUGAAGCUGAAACACCAAUCAGAUCACCUCUCAAGGAAUCCUGUGAUUCAUCAUUAGGAUUGGCAGCACCGGGGGCCAAAACCCAAGAAUCACAAGAAGUUGAUGAACAGCUGGUAGCAGAAGUGGUUGAAAAAUGCUCAUCUGAGACUUGUUCUAGACCCUCAGAAAAUGAGGUGUCACAGCAGGCUAUUGCUUCUUACCCAGUCAAGGAUUUCAAAGAAGAACCUGAACAUGAUAGUAGCAAAAUUUCAGUCGUGAGGCCAUUUUCGAUAGAAACCAAGAAUUCCACGGACGCCCCGGCAGCUCUAGGAACAAAGGCAGCUUAUGGCUGUCUAACUGUGGUCUCAGGCGAGGCUUUGCCCUCCAGCACACCAGAAGCCAUCCCCGACAAGGCAAUGACAGAAGGCACCAUGGGGGUGACGCUGGAGGCCUCCACAGAAGCUGACCUGAAGGCUGCCAGCUCCUAUCCAGAGCCUGUUCCCAGCAGAAGCAAGCUAAGAAAGCCCAAACCCGUCUCUCUGAGGAAGAAGACGAUUGGUGAAUUUUUAGAGGCUGAUGUUGCCCUAGAGGGCUCACCUCUCCCCCAGGCAUCCUAUCAGUUCUGUGCUGAUGAGAUGGAUGGGAAAGCAAAUCCUUUGCUAGGAGGCGCCAGGAUCCAGAAAUCUCCUCCUGACACUAAGGAGACCUCGAGUGCCCCUGGCAGUGACACCAACGACUCUGGAGUUGAGCUGCUGGAGGAGUCCAGGAACUCACCUCUGAAACUCGAGUUUGAUUUCACAGAAGAUGUGGAAAAUGUAGAGUCCAGGAAAGGCCUUCCGAAGAAACUUGGCAGGAAACUGGGUAGCAAACUGCCUCCCAAGGUACAGAAAGAUAGCGUCAGUAAGCCAGUAGGCGCCAAAGGUGGGGACCAGCCUGCAGACCCAGCUGCAGACAGCGCUCCUCCCUCCCAGGCAUCUGCUAAGCUGGCUCCCAGCCAGUGGGAUAACCCCAACUUCAGUCCCUUUGGGGGCCUCUCCGCUCUGCAGAACACCCCCCCUCUCUCCUCUAAGGGCUCCUACCACCUUGACGAAUCCAUGGAUCCCUUUAAACCAACUACAACUUUAGCAAGCAGUGACUUUUGUUCUCCCGCCGGUAAUCAUAUUAAUGAAAUCUUAGAAUCACCCAAGAAGGCAAAGUCGCGUUUAAUAACGACUACUGAACAAGUGAAAUUUCUCUGUUUUCUGUUGAGUGGCUGCAAGGUGAAGAAAUAUGAAACACAGUCUCUUGCUUUGGACGGAUGUUCUCAGGAUGAAGGAGCAGUGAUCUCCCAGAUUUCAGACAUUUCUAAUAGGGAUGGCCAUGCUACUGACGAGGAGAAACUGGCGUCCACUUCAUCUGGUCAGAAAUCAACUGGGGCCGAGGUGAAAGGUGAGCCAGAGGAAGACCUGGAGUACUUUGAAUGUUCCAAUGUUCCCGUGUCUGCCAUAAAUCAUGCGUUUUCAUCCUCAGAAGCAGGCAUAGAGAAAGAGACGUGCCAGAAGAUGGAGAAAGAUGGAUCUACCAUGACUGGACUGUUGGAGUCAUCUGUGGAGAAGGCCCCCGUGUCUGUGGCCUGUGGAGGGGAGAGCCCCUUGGAUGGCAUCUGCCUCAGCGAAUCCGAUAAGACAGCUGUGCUCACCCUCAUAAGAGAAGAGAUAAUCACUAAGGAAAUCGAAGCAAAUGAAUGGAAGAAAAAAUACGAAGAAACCCGACAAGAAGUGUUGGAGAUGAGGAAAAUUGUGGCUGAAUAUGAAAAGACCAUUGCUCAAAUGAUUGAAGAUGAACAGAGGACAAAUAUGACCUCUCAGAAGAGCUUCCAGCAACUGACCAUGGAGAAGGAGCAGGCCCUGGCUGACCUUAAUUCUGUGGAAAGGUCCCUUUCUGAUCUCUUCAGGAGAUACGAGAACCUAAAAGGCGUUCUGGAAGGGUUCAAGAAGAAUGAAGAAGCCUUGAAAAAGUGUGCUCAGGAUUAUUUAGCCAGAGUUAAACAAGAGGAACAGCGGUAUCAGGCCCUGAAAAUCCACGCGGAGGAAAAACUAGACAAAGCCAAUGAGGAGAUUGCUCAGGUUCGAACAAAAGCGAAGGCUGAGAGCGCGGCUCUCCACGCUGGACUCCGGAAGGAGCAGAUGAAGGUGGAGUCCCUGGAAAGAGCCCUUCAGCAGAAGAACCAAGAAAUAGAAGAACUAACGAAAAUCUGCGAUGAGCUGAUCGCGAAGUUGGGAAAGACUGACUGAGUCUCCCCCUCGUUAGCUCAGCAGGUCUGCAUUUGGCUGCUUCUCUCUUAACCACAGUUAUCUUGCCUUAUCCAGGAAAAAUUGCCCCUUU